GAGAGAGAGAGAGAGAGAGAGAGAGAGAGAGCAAGCAUGCUGCCCCCUGGAAAACGGAAAUGUUCAGUGUGCACAGAGUAGCUUGCAUAUUUCACUGUGACAUCUCACUACCAUGUUUUCCAACAUGGUAGUGGUUAGGAGGAUUGGAUUGGUUAUUCUCAGAACAGGGAGUCAGAGCUGAUGCACAGAUCAGUAACAUCCUGGUUGGAGUGGCUGUCGAAUGAAUUUUUUGAGACCUCUGAAGAAAACAGAAAGAAACUGAAACGGCAUGAAUAAAUCAAUCCAGCCAGAUUUCCAUCGCUUCCUCAGGACACUUUAUUGACCUGAUGAAGGAGUUCCAUCAGCACUGCAGUAAACAGUAGGCUUAUAGGUGUUCAGGAGUCCAGAAUUGCAUUUAAAAUGGAUAGUAACAUACAGGUUUUGGGGACUAGUGCCAGUCCAACAUAUUUUCAGAUACUCGCUUUACUUCUGUGUCUCAAUUUUACAUUUUCAACAUAUAUCUGAAAAAGUCUCAGGAAUCUGUUCUCUGCAAGUUAAUCAUCCCAGAAGAGUGACAUCCCAGAACUGUGCACUGAAUCAAAUGUUUCUUCUAUGUGAGCCAAUAAAAGAAUAAAAAAGCCUGCUCAUCACCUGUAAGGAUAUGGCUAUUAUAUGGGAAUCUGAAGAGCUGCUAUAUAGCACAUCAUGAUCCAAAUGGGAAAAAACUAAAUGUUGUGAUGUCCCAGAAGGCCUUACAAUAGAGUAAACAAAAGGAGAAUAUUUAUGUUAGCUUUUCAUUUGUGUUUGCAUAGUGGACUCCCAUGUAUUUACUGUGGACAAAUCCAAGGCAAAUAUGGAGCUAAUUGUUUGAAACAUUCCAAAGUCAUCCAUAGAGACUAACAGAUGUGGCAAAAAGAUUACUUUGUACUUAAUCUCGCUGAACUAUUGGCCAUCCCUCUGGUUGAAAGAGCAGCUGUUCAUUGUGAAUUUACAUUUUGGAUAAUCAUUAGAUAAAGACAGUCUCUCUAGAAAGAAUCAUGCUUGCUAAUGACACAUGCAAUAGGACAGAUGGUGAUAAUACAGAUUUUCGGUACUUUAUUUAUGCAGUAACAUACACUGUCAUUCUUGUGCCAGGUCUCAUAGGGAACAUAUUAGCCUUGUGGGUAUUUUAUGGUUACAUGAAAGAAACCAAACGGGCUGUCAUAUUUAUGAUUAACUUAGCCAUUGCUGAUCUAUUACAAGUUCUUUCUUUGCCGCUGAGGAUCUUUUACUACUUGAACCAUGACUGGCCAUUUGGGCCUGGCCUCUGCAUGUUCUGUUUCUAUCUGAAGUAUGUUAAUAUGUAUGCCAGUAUCUACUUCUUGGUCUGCAUCAGUGUGCGACGAUUUUGGUUUCUCAUGUACCCCUUUCGCUUCAAUGACUGCAAACAGAAAUAUGACUUGUACAUCAGCGUUGCUGGCUGGUUGAUUAUCUGUCUUGCCUGUCUACUCUUUCCUCUUCUCAGAACCAACUCGGAUACACCAGGCAACAGAACCAAAUGCUUUGUGGAUCUCCCUACUAGGAAUGUCAAUCUGGCCCAGUCUGUUGCCAUGAUGACUGUUGGUGAAUUAAUUGGGUUUGUUACUCCUCUCCUGAUUGUCCUGUACUGUACCUGGAAGACAGUUUUAUCACUUCAAGAUAAAUAUCCUGUUACUCAAGAUGUUGGAGAGAAAAAGAAAGCCUUGAAGAUGAUUCUAACCUGUGCAGGGGUAUUCCUAAUUUGUUUUGCUCCUUAUCACUUCAGUUUUCCUUUAGAUUUCCUGGUCAAGUCCAAUGAAAUUAAAAGCUGCCUAGCUAGGAGAGUGAUUCUAAUAUUUCAUUCUGUAGCUCUGUGUCUUGCUAGUCUGAAUUCCUGCCUUGACCCAGUCAUAUACUAUUUUACCACUAAUGAGUUCCGAAGACGUCUUUCGAGACAAGAUUUGAAUGAUAGCAUCCAUCUCCAUACAAAAUCAUUUGUAAGUAACCAUACCACUUCCAACAUGGCAACUGAAUUAUGCUAGAUUUU